GGAGGAGGAGAAGGCGACGGCGGCGGAGGAGGACUCCGGGCGCGGAGGGAAGGAAGCAGGCAGCGCUUGCCAUGGCCUCCAACUUUAACGAUAUAGUCAAGCAGGGCUACGUAAAAAUCCGCAGCAGGAAGCUGGGGAUUUUUAGGCGUUGUUGGUUGGUUUUCAAGAAGGCUUCCAGUAAAGGACCCAGGAGGCUAGAAAAAUUUCCAGAUGAGAAGGCAGCAUAUUUCAGGAACUUCCACAAGGUAACUGAGCUGCACAAUAUCAAAAACAUAACCAGAUUGCCUCGAGAGACAAAGAAGCAUGCAGUGGCAAUUAUCUUUCACGAUGAGACAUCAAAGACAUUUGCGUGUGAGUCAGAACUAGAGGCAGAGGAGUGGUGCAAGCAUCUUUGCAUGGAAUGUCUAGGGGCCAGGCUCAAUGAUAUAAGUCUUGGGGAACCAGAUUUGCUUGCUGCUGGAGUCCAGAGAGAACAAAACGAACGAUUCAAUGUAUACCUUAUGCCUACACCAAAUUUAGAUAUCUAUGGGGAAUGUACAAUGCAGAUCACACAUGAAAACAUCUAUCUCUGGGACAUCCACAAUGCCAAGGUCAAGCUGGUCAUGUGGCCUCUGAGCUCUUUGAGGAGAUAUGGACGUGACUCAACGUGGUUUACAUUUGAGUCUGGAAGGAUGUGUGACACAGGAGAAGGGCUAUUCACCUUUCAAACACGAGAAGGAGAAAUGAUAUAUCAGAAGGUCCAUUCUGCAACACUGGCAAUAGCUGAGCAACACGAAAGAUUAAUGAUGGAAAUGGAGCAGAAGGCAAGGCUCCAGACCAGUCUGUCUGAACCAAUGACUUUAUCCAAGUCGAUCUCACUUCCUCGUAGUGCAUAUUGGCAUCACAUCACCCGGCAGAACAGCGUUGGAGAAAUCUACAGUUUACAAGGUCACAACCUCGGCUCAGCGAAGGUGUCCCGGGCGCAGACAUUUCCCAGCUACCCAUCGGAGCAGGGCGAGGAGCACCAGCAGCCACUGUCGCUGGCCAGCAGCUACGCCUUCAGCUACGGCUCGGGGCUGGUGCAAUGACAGCCGGGGGCUGCCGGCCCACAUGGACAGCUGAGCCUGGAGCCUCCCACCAGGACCAGGGAGCCGCUGGCCCCCUCUGCACCCACCAUUCGCCGUGAAAACUGAUGCCUACCAACUCUAGCUGGGGCGCCGCCAAUGUGGAAACCUGGAGAGGCGGCUUCCCCAAAGCAGAGGCUAAGUCUUUAUUUAUUUAUU